AGGGAAGCGCGUCCGUGUGCGCAGAGCCACUCUCUUGUAACCCAGAAAGAUGGGGCAGUCUGGGCCGUGAGGACGCAGAUCGCAAGAAGGAAAACAAGGACAGGCGACUAGCGGGACAGAGCAGGACAUCUGGAGAAAGCGAAAGGCAAAAGAUCGGGAGGGGGGAAAAAAAAAAGAAACCCACAGCAGCAGGUGGCAACAAGAUCUAGAGCAAACCGGUCGGGUCCACAGUUGUUUUUCUGGAAGAGAAGAACCGACCGGAGGAUUGCCUGUUUCCCCUUCAGUUAACGAAAACUACUUUUAUCCUCAUCAUAAAAGAAAAGGAUAAGGGGAGGUAAAGACUCUGUUUUCUUAGGGGGAGAGCCGAGGGCGAUCCAGACUAGCGUCUGAAAUAAGCCACUGCCUGGUACAGAGUGCAGUACCAUUCUGGUUUCUGAAGAUCCACAUCGCCUUCAGAAUUCCAGCUGGCGUAGCUGUACAGUUCUAUUUUUAUAUCUAAAUAUCUAUGUCUCCUUCCCUCGGCUUUUAACCACACUUUCCUUGUUCCUAAGCACGAGUGACAAGAGUGUCCUUAAUACGAAGUAGGGGUAUCUUCCGUUUUUUCUUUGAUUUGCUUGGGAUUUUUUUUAAGACGGUAGGAAGUGGUCCUCAUUUCGGAAAAGGACGUUUUAAUUUGGAAGUCUGUAUAAAUAGAUUGGCACUGUACGCAUUUAGAAGAGAGAUACCUUUCAGAGGUUAAAAUACUGAGAAAGAUGGAAAAAGGGGCCAGGCACCGAAACACCACUGAGAAGAGCCACUCCGGUGGGAGCCAGUCGGAGGUCAGCGGAGAGACUGGUUCCGGAGGGGGCGGAGUAGCCCUGAAGAAAGAGAUUGGAUUGGUCAGUGCUUGCGGUAUCAUCAUAGGGAACAUUAUCGGCUCUGGAAUCUUCGUCUCACCAAAAGGAGUGCUGGAGAAUGCCGGCUCUGUGGGCCUUGCUCUCAUUGUCUGGAUCGUGACGGGUAUCAUCACAGCUGUAGGAGCCCUAUGCUAUGCUGAGCUCGGGGUCACCAUCCCCAAAUCUGGAGGUGACUACUCAUACGUCAAGGACAUCUUCGGAGGACUGGCUGGGUUCCUGAGGCUGUGGAUUGCUGUGCUGGUGAUCUACCCCACCAACCAGGCUGUCAUCGCCCUCACCUUCUCCAACUACGUGCUUCAGCCGCUCUUCCCCACCUGCUUCCCCCCAGAUUCUGGCCUUCGUAUCCUGGCUGGCAUCUGCUUAUUGCUCCUCACAUGGGUCAACUGUUCCAGUGUGCGGUGGGCCACCCGGGUUCAGGACAUUUUCACAGCUGGCAAGCUCCUGGCCCUGGCCCUGAUCAUCAUCAUGGGAGUUGUACAGAUCUGCAAAGGCGAAUACUUCUGGUUGGAGCCAAAGAACGCAUUUGAGAAUUUCCAAGAACCCGACAUCGGCCUCAUCGCACUGGCUUUCCUUCAGGGCUCCUUUGCCUAUGGAGGCUGGAACUUUCUUAAUUAUGUGACUGAGGAACUUGUUGAUCCCUACAAGAACCUUCCCAGAGCCAUCUUCAUCUCCAUCCCACUGGUCACAUUUGUGUAUGUCUUUGCCAAUGUCGCUUAUGUCACUGCAAUGUCUCCACAGGAGCUACUGGCUUCAAAUGCAGUUGCUGUGACUUUUGGAGAGAAGCUCCUAGGGGUCAUGGCCUGGAUCAUGCCCAUUUCUGUUGCACUGUCAACAUUUGGAGGAGUCAAUGGGUCCCUUUUCACUUCCUCCCGGCUGUUCUUUGCUGGAGCCAGGGAGGGCCACCUUCCCAGCGUGUUGGCCAUGAUCCACGUGAAGCGCUGCACUCCAAUCCCAGCCUUGCUUUUCACAUGCAUCUCCACCCUGCUGAUGCUGGUCACCAGUGACAUAUACACACUCAUCAACUACGUGGGCUUCAUCAACUACCUCUUCUACGGGGUCACAAUUGCUGGACAGAUAGUUCUUCGCUGGAAGAAGCCUGACAUCCCCCGCCCCAUCAAGAUCAACCUGCUGUUCCCCAUCAUCUACUUGCUGUUCUGGGCCUUCCUGCUGGUCUUCAGCCUGUGGUCAGAGCCUGUGGUGUGUGGCAUCGGCCUGGCCAUCAUGCUGACAGGAGUUCCUGUCUAUUUCCUGGGUGUUUACUGGCAACACAAGCCCAAAUGUUUCAACGACUUCAUUGAGAUGCUAACCCUGGUGAGCCAGAAGAUGUGUGUGGUGGUGUACCCCGAGGCGGAUGGAAGCUCGGGGACAGAGCACAGAAAUGGGCACAUGGAGGAGCAGUGGCAGCCUAUCUACCAGCCCACUGCCUCCAAGGUCAAGGAUGCUGUGGAGCAGGCCCAGCCCUGAGGACCACCAUCGCCUCUCAGCUGGCUUCUCCCCCAUCGCCCCUUUCUGCCCUCCUGCCCUGCCUGGGUCCCCUAACA